GGGUUCAUUAAUUGGUUGAUGGUCCAGAAAACAAAGUCAAGUCGUGGCCCAUGUAUUUUACCAGAGGUUACAUGUUUCACACGCGUGAACGCGGGCAGACGAAAAAGAUAAUGAAUUAUGGGGUAUGUGUCCGAGGGCAAAAUUAUUCUGAAGCAUCUAUGGAGGAUGAUUUUUUUGGGACCGUUGAAAACAUAAUCGAGCUCGAGUAUCCUGGCAUUAUUAACCUAAAGAUAACACUUUUCUACUGUGACUGGUUUGACCCAACGGUUGGCAAAGGUAUCCGCAUGACAAAUGGAGGCAUCGUAGACGUGCUUCCGUCAAGAAAAUACCGAAAUUACGAACUUUUUAUUGGUUCUCAAGCUGAUCAAGUGUGUUAUCUGUCAUAUCCAUACACUAAACGACCUCGCAAAUCGUGGCUUACAGUGUGCAAAGUUAAUCCGAGGAAUGUUGUUCAAGGGAAGUUUAACGAUGAUGAUUUGGUUAUAUUGCAACAAACUGUUAUUGAGGCAACUCCGACUUUGGUUGAAGAAAUCAUCAUUGAGAGUUUAGUCGACGAGAGUCAUCAAGAUGAACCAAUCGAUUUUGAGAUAGAAGAUGGUGAAGGAGAAGACGAAUUUCAAUGUAACUUGUCAACAUCCGAAGAUGAAGAUGAAGAUGAAGAACUUGCAUAUGAAGACUAA